CCCUAAUAGCAUUGGCCAUUUACAAGGUCCAUGAAAGCAAAUUGAUGAAAAUGGCUAGCGUCAGCAAUGUAGUUUCUGUCAAGGAAGAGAAAUGGAUAAAGCAUUAUUGUAGUUCUCAGAAAAUACUCCUCGUUGGUGAAGGAGACUUUUCUUUUGCUGUUUGCUUGGGUAGAGCCUUUGGUUCUGCUACAAACAUUGUUGCCACUUCUUUGGACUCCAAAGAUGAGUUGAAGUCAAAGUACUCAAAAGCUAUAGUGCACUUAAAGGAGCUAGAAGAGCUUGGAUGCACAAUUGUUCAUGGAGUGGAUGCUCUUACAAUGAGACAACACCCUCUCCUCAACAACAAAUCUUUUGACAGGAUAGUCUUUAACUUUCCUCAUGCUUCUCUUAUCUGGCGUGAACAUGACUGGCUCCAAAUUGAGCUUCAUAAGAAGGUAGUGGAGGGCUUUCUUAAGAGCGCAAGAAACAUGUUGUCAAAGAAUGGUGAGGCUCAUGUGACUCACAAAACUGCUCAUCCAUUCAGUAAUUGGGAGAUUGUGAAGUUAGCCAAGCAAGUUGGGUUAUGUUUGGUUGAAGAAGUAAGGUUCAAUAUAUGGGAUUAUCCUGGAUAUGAGAAUAAGAAAGGGUAUGGCCUUGGCCUCCAAUGUGACCUGACAUUUCCUGUUGGAGCUUGUUCAACCUUCAAAUUUGCCUAACUUGCAAUCUCAUAACUGGAAAUUAGUCAUGUUAAAAAAAAAAAAAAAAAAAUCUAAAUCCUUAAUGGAAGUACUUGAACUUUUUGAGUCAUUCUGGGUUUGGUUCUAGGUAGACUAUAUUGUUUGACUGCCAAAUAGAUUUUAUAAUAUGCACAAUGUUAAUGGUGGUAGCAGUAGUGAAGGCCAAUUGCAACAAA